GGCGUGGCUGCACCUGUUCCUUUCUGUCUCAUCUUAUCUCCGCCUAGUUCCUGGUUCGGGUCUCACACUGACCCAUCAGAUGACAUGUCCGGAGCCCCGAAUGGAGUCUGCCCGUCACCUCUCAGGACACACAACCGGACCACCGGACUUGGCUACGACCUUACAUGCAAGGUGAUGCUGCUGGGAGAUUCGGGCGUGGGGAAGACCUGUUUCCUUAUCCAAUUUAAGGAUGGAGCAUUUCUGUCAGGCACCUUCCUUGCCACUGUGGGCAUUGAUUUUCGGAAUAAAGUGGUUACAGUAGAUGGAGUAAAAGUGAAAUUGCAAAUAUGGGACACAGCUGGGCAGGAGAGGUUUCGCAGUGUGACACAUGCUUACUACAGGGAUGCACAGGCUUUACUCCUGCUGUAUGACAUCACCAGCAAGAGCUCAUUUGACAACAUCCGGGCAUGGCUCACAGAGAUUCAUGAAUUUGCCCACAAGGAUAUUGUCAUCAUGCUGCUUGGUAACAAGAGCGACGUGACAAGCGGACGAGUCAUCAGGACGGAGGAUGGAGAGUCGCUGGCAAAGGAAUAUGGUGUGCCCUUCAUGGAGACCAGCGCUAAAACUGGCAAGAAUGUGGAGUUGGCGUUCUUGGCAGUUGCCAAGGAGCUGAAACAAAGGUCUUGCAUGCAGGGGGAACCCAAAUUCCAGAUCCACAGAUACAUUGAAUCUGAGAAGAAGAAAAGUGGCUGCUGCGGAGUCCUGUGAAUGGCUUUAAUGCAAACCCAUAUCCUACCCAAAACACUGAGGUCCUUGUGAGAAGAAAGAACCCAGUGACUACAUCUCAAGUGUUCUAAAUGUCUAGGGAACCUGCAAUCUCACCGUCUAGGUGAACAUGUCAAGUUCAGGAUCUUUCGAAAAACCUCAAAUUCAGAAUCCAAUGGGAGUGUCCACUUAUAUUGGAUCCGGAAAGGACACCCCACUAUUGAGGCAGUAGGUGGAAUCCCCAAACUUGAAAAAGAAAUGCCUAAUGUAGGAUAUGGAUGGAAAUUUAAAGUUCAUCACAAUCGGGAAAUAACCCCAAAAUUCUGAAAUUAUUUAAAUCAGGCUUUACUUGGGGUAAAACACAAUUUCAGAAUAUAGAGAGAACACCCAGUUACAGUUCCCUGAUAGUUCCAACAAACUCAGAUUAAUUUGAAAUUCUAAUUGUCUUGAUGGCCAGUGGAAUCUGAGAAUUAAGUUUAUAAAAAAAAUAUUUAUAUUUAAUUUUAGUAAAUUAAUAUAAGUAUCUAUAUAAUUUGGGAAAAUUGAAUAAACUUUAAAAAUAGCCACUAUUUGGAUUCCAAAUUGAACUUCAGAAAGAGCUCUAGAAAUAUUCUUCAAGGUCUUCAUGAACAAUAGACAAACGCCAUACUCAGGACUCAAUAGGAAAUUGUAAAAGCCAUUUGGAGAAAAAAAAAGCUUCCACAACAGUGUAGCAUAACCUUUUCUUUUUAAAGCAGCCAAAAUGCAACGCUGAAAAGUGAUUUCCUGCGUAAGACAAUCAGUGUGUGCCAAAGUGGCUACUAUGUGUGCCACCCAGGUUGAGAAUUGCAUCCCUAUGGCAAUAUCGAUACUACCAAAUUAUUGCAGAUGCGAUAUCACCAUGGACACAAUGUCACCAAUAUUGCCUUUGGGGGAUGACGACAAACUUUGUUAACACCAAGGACAUCAGAUUGGGUUGCAACCAAUUGCUUUGCAAUUCAUUGCUACCAUUAUGGCAUCUAAGGGGUAAACUCUUUGGAUAGUCACCAUCUAUAAAGUCACCUAUAGAGAGCAUUGAUCGUGACAUCCUUGCACAGAGUGUCAUGUGCUACAGGCUCCCAGUAUAGUUGAAAAUUCAGCCGGAUAACUUUCAAGGGACAUGAAACGCAACAUUUUUCUUUCAUGAUUUAGGUAGAACAUACAAUGUUAAGCAACUUUCUAUUGUAUUAUCAAUCUAGGUAUCCUUUGUUGAAAAGAAUACCUAGGUUGGCCCAGGAGCUGGGAACUAGCUGCUGAUUGGUGGCUGCACAUAUAUGCAUCUUGUGAUUGGCUUACAGAUGUGUUCGGCUAGAUCUCAGUAGUGCAUUGCUGCUCAUCCAAUAAAGGAUACCAAGAGAAUAAAGCAAAAUUGAUAAUAGAAGUAAAUUAGAAAGUUUUUUUAAAAAGAUAUAUUCUAUCUGAACCAUGACAGAUUUUUUGGGGGGUUUCAUGUCCCUUUAACACAUAGGAAAUCUGUAUAUACAAAUUCAGCUGUCCACUGCCCCUUUACUUAACCCCUUCCUUCCUAAUAUUCCUUUUGUAAUUUGCACUCUAAAAGUUUGUUUACAUUUGUAGUCAAGAAGCCGCCAUGUUGUUUCCUGCCACCUUGUGCUGAUUUCUCAGGGCAAAAGCAGAACCAUGUCCUGGGAACUUGUAGCAAAAUGCUUUGUACUGCAAUAAAUAACAUGUACAUUCUUAUGCAACUCAGAGUACAGCUGCUUUAUGUACACUUAUCCUCCCAUGGGGUGUGGUUGUAUUUAUUUGUGUGGCACAUAGAAAUGCACCUGCUGUGUUAUUGUGCAGUGCGCGGCGCAUACGCAUGUACCUGGGAUGCAGCUGUGUUUGUCCGGUAUACAGAGAUUUGAUUGGAGUUGUUAUUCCACUGUGCUGAGAUCUGUGUGUUUUUCCUUAAAGGGACUGUAAACACCUUGAGUUUCGUAUAUAAAAUGUUUAGUUGUGUAUGACGACAACUUUGCAAAUUUUGUAUUUAUUUUGCACCGCUUUUAUGUAAUUUAGCUCUCUGACAGCUAACUCUGCUACAUAUCUGUUCCUAACUGAAUUUAUCAGAUAACAGCAGGAAAACAAUGCAUUUUAUACUACAUUUAUGACAGUGACUAGCCUUGUUGUCUUGAUCUCCAAAUAAGGCAAAUGGUGGAUGAAGUUUGGCUAUUGAAAAAUAAUUGCAGUAAAAAAGAUGUUAAUUUGUUUUAAAAACAUUAAGACUUGGCUGAUCUGCUAUUCAAUAGCAACACAACAGAAAUGUCUUGUAAAUGCAAGGUGUUUACUGUCUCUUUAAAGGGACAUUUUGCAAUUUAAAGGGAUAAGGUCAACAUUGAAAUGUGCAUUUUUGUAAUAUACUUCUGUUAGUAAAAAUGGUUCCAUGAAAAGUUAUUACGUUUUUUUCAGGGGCAUACAGACAUAUGCCGUGAGGUCUCUUGCACCAGUAUUCAAGCUGAGAGAGUUAACGGUGGUGUGUAUUGCGUUUGUGAAGACUUUAUUUGUGCCAUGCAAAUCACUGCUGACUUUUUGGGGUGUUUGAAUACUGGUGCACAGGUCCGCACAGCAUAUGUGAGUAUGCUGCUGGAAAAACAGUAAUGACUUUUACUGGAACCAUUUUUGCUCAUUUAAGUUUAUUGCAAGAAUGCUUAUAUUUAAAAAUGAAAUGCACCCAAUGCACAUUUCAAUUUUCUAUCCCUUUUAAUAUAAAAUGUAUCAUUUAUGUGUAGUAAAAAAAAACUGCAUUAUAGCUGUAUUAUUUAUUCCCUCCCUUUCCAUGUAAUUUAAUUCUGAAAAUGAAGAGCUUUCUAAUUCUGAUAACUGGAACAGCACUUCACAUGCAUAACCCUGCCACAUAUAUGCACCUAAUUGGCUUCAGCAGAGCAGAGUAUCAGAUAAGGAACUGCAAAGCAAUACAUUUGUUGCUAACAUAAUGACUGUGACUAUGGCUAGCCUUGUCAUCUACAUUAACAAGUCUGUAUUGGCUCCUCCUACUGUUGGGUAAAGUUUAUCUAUUAAAAAAACAAUAGCAGCAAACUAGAUUUAAAAUUGCAAUACUGCAGACAAAUUGUGUAAUUACAAGUUGUUCACUGUCCCUUAAGCAUGUUUGUGUUAUUUCAGUAUUGCCUGAUUUGUACACACUAGAUGCUGCUGCCGUGCAAUGAGAUAUGAUUGUGCUUCAUAAACACAAGGGUUGUAGCUGUGUUAUUUUGUGAGUUUGAAAAGAACGUUAAACACAACAAAUGAGGGACUACAUCUUUAUAAUGGACAAUGGAAGCACAAUAAUUCCCUGUUCUAGUGUGAAUAGUGAGCAGAGGUUUUGUUUUUUUUCCCUACUGUCCCAGAUAUUUAGGGAUUGUUACGGGUUACUACGACUCCCAUAGCUCCCCCUGUCAGGUAAGUUUCCUGGUUUACAGACCAAAAACCAGGGGCUAUUCCAGCACCGCCUAUGACACACCCUACUGUACUAAACCCACCAAUAACACACCUGACCAUGCCCACAGCUUACUCAUGGCCCCACCCCUCCUAUCAUAGCUCCUCCCACAAAACACAGAUGGCCACUGCCCAUAAGUACCACUUACCAGGUAAUUUAUGGGAGGCAGCUUAUACUAGGUUCUCUAAGCAGCAAGUAAUAUUAUUGUAUGUGUAAUGCGCCAGCAGAUUCUGUAGCGCUGUACUGGUGUACAAUAAAUAAAGACAAGGAAGGCAGAAUGGGACAGAAUGAAUACAGGACCCUGAUCCCUAGAGAACUUACAAUCUUAAUGCUAGAGUAAGAAUCUUAUCGCACUAAUGAGGACUGUCACAAUAGAAACAGCUGUCUUAAUGCGAUCUCUCUGAAAUGCUUUAAAGCUGCAUAAAACAGCACUGCGCUGGCAUGGGGGUGUGGCAUUAUGAAGCUAAUUUGUAUACCCUUACCCAGAAUCCUCUGCUCCAGUAGUUUUUUGCAGAAAACAUGUGGCUGUGCUAUACAAUGAUAUAUAUCUGGUGUCUUAUGCAUAUGACAGAGCAUUAUUUAAUCAAUAAAAAAAUAUUUUUUUUGCACAAAAA